AUGAACCCACACCUCUCUCAUGUCUACGAGCUAUAUUACAGGGCCUUCGAACGGUUCCGCUGCCUUCCCGAGAUUAGAACGCUGGAGGACAACGCCCGCUAUUGCGACAUGCUCCGGAAGACGCUCAAGGAACACCUGACUGUCAUCCCUAAUCUCGCCAUGGGAGUCAUAGAAUGUCAAGACCUGGUGAAACCUGACCACAUGGAUCGGUUUAUGAAUACUAUGCUACGUGCAGAGCAGCGCAUAUCAAGACGAGUCAUUGCCGAACAGCACCUCGCUCUUACAGACACCUUCAAUACGCCUUGGCAUUUUCCAGAGUCUACAUCACGCACUGAUCUGAAUGCUGACUUUGUUGGCGAGGUGUUCCUGAAAUGCAAUGCAAAAGAUGUGGUUGAACGAUGCGGGAAACUCACCCAGGAUCUGUUACGGCCUUCCCUAGAAUCCGGCCAAAAAGUGCCCGAGAUCAGAGUACAGGGUCAUCUAGGGGCAACUUUUCCAUAUAUACAGGGCCAUCUUGAAUACAUUAUUGGCGAGAUACUACGGAAUUCGAUACAAGCAGUUACUGAGAAAUACGGUAACUCCACUGUCGACCCGCCUCCGAUUGAUGUCUUGAUCUGCGAGGCACCUCAACACGUCAUCAUCCGCGUUUCUGACCAAGGUGGGGGAAUUCCGCGGGACAUCCUCCCGUAUCUGUGGUCAUUUUGCAAAGGACCUCGAACGGAGACGCGCCUUCACAAUCUUGGCUUAGUUCCCACCCUGGCCGCGACGAUGCAAGAGCUUAAAGCGCAACCUGGCGAAAAAAAUAGAGGCUCUAAUAAAUCCAAGUCCUACCAUGAAAGCUCUCUCGCGCCGCUUAGCUCACGACCGCCCAAUUUGCGCCUUGGUAUGGGUUUACCGAUGAGUCGAGUGUAUGCGGAAUACUGGGCAGGAAGUUUAGAAGUCCAUAGUCUUGAAGGCUACGGCGUUGACGCAUUUUUGCAAAUUUCAAAGUUGGGCAAUAAGAACGAGCAAGUCACUACGAGAGCAUCCAUAGACGCCGUUUGA